CAGCGAUUUUUCGAGCACCGCGUGAACACGAAAUUAUUAAAACAUCGUGAAAAUCUUCAGAAAAGAUCCGAAUUUCGAUCGAGGAAAGUCGGUACUCUUGAGGCAACAUGCAACGUAAAAAUUUUCUGUUCGAACGAUCGAACUUCAACGGACAAAUCGGAGGUCAACGAACUCCUACGAUGUUGUUUACGAAAUCAGAAUUCGGACAAGUGGAAUUACAUAACGUAUCCACAAAGUUCUCACAGUUCAAUUUGUUCAAUAAAGAACAGUCCGACGAAAACCCGAACGACUCGUCAUUUUUUACGCCACCGGUGGAAAAACAAUCGAUCGCUACGCCGAAGGCGCCGAUUAAGAAUACAAAACAGUCAAAGAAGAUAAACUUGAAGCCGAGGAAGUUGCAAUACACCGAAGAAGAAUUGGAAGCUUCCAACUACGUGGACAGCGGCAUACAUGUUUCGUUUGGCCAAUCGAGCAACGCGUUGUUUUGUAAAGAAACGUUGAAAUGUAACGGAGAAAAUACCACGCAAAAACAAAUACGUAAAUUACGUACCAGGGUAGACAAAACUAAGAUACACGUUAACGAUAAAGAAAACGAUAGGAAUAUCAUAGGGAACAGGUCUGAAAACAGACCGAACACCGAAAAUAAUUUAACACAAUUAUCGUCUAUAGUAUUUAAUCAGAAUACAAAAACAUUGUCUCAAUGCAACAAUGAUUUUACCUGGAAAGAGAAAUUGUAUUGGCUACAGGUUCGAAGAGACAUCGGUCUCUGGAUUCAGUGUUGUAGAAAGAAGUGUAAGAAAUGGAGAUAUGUCGAAGAAUAUCACGAUCCAUUGGAUGUACCUAAAGUAUGGUACUGUGAAAUGAAUUCUGAUAAGUCAAUAGCAUCUUGUAACAUACCGGAAGUAUCUAGAUCGCCUGCUGUAGAGUCGGAUUUAAUUGAAAACACUUACAAUGCUGGUAGCAUCGUGUGGGCUUACAUACGUGGCUACCCAUGGUGGCCUGGAAUAGUUAAUGAUUGUCCUAUAACUUUCAGAUAUUAUGAAUUAAUUAAAAAUUCUCAGCAACCUAUUAGAUACUAUGUUACGUUUUUCAACGAAGAUCAGUUCGAGAAUGCUUGGGUCCAUAAACGAAAUAUUAAACCAUUUGCAUCAAAUAAAUAUAGCAAACUUAUUAAAGAGACGAAGGUCAAUGGAAUCGAUUAUAAAAGCUCUUUGGACAAAGCAUACAAAUUAGCUUCGAACGCUUUGACAUUGACGAUUUUACAAAGAUUACAGAAAUUUAGUUACAUAGCACAGUACAAUAAAUUGUACGAUGUUAAUAACAACUUAAGCGACCCGGUCAACGAAGACAUUGAUGUAGGAAUGAAUACGAAUUCUGACGACGAAAUACCUCCCACUAAUCCUAAAAACGAUUAUCUUACAUUAAGAAGUUAUUACUUAAAACUGCGUAAAAAUCAAAACACUCAAUGAAUCUUGCGUUGCACAUAAAAACCGUCCGUGUAAAAAGAAUCGAAGACUAUCAAUUCUGAUCAAAUGUUACGAUUUUCACUGUAUACGAUUAUUUUCACAAAUCAGAAGCGUAAACAAUAUUUGAUUUCUCGCCCAAAUUAGGGACAAUUAAAUGUACUUUCAAUGUUACACGAGAACACAUUAAGACACCUGUACGAAACCACGCGUAAACGUCCAUUUAUAGGUCUAACUGUUUACCGUUAUUAUUUUGUUCACGUUAUAGGGAAUCGUGUAUCGGAAAUCAACACGUAAAACAUGAUCGACCGAGCACUUACCAGUUGAUCACGA